AUGUCUGCCGGCCGGGCCAAAAAAGUGAAGAUGGCUACCAAAUCGUGCCCCGAGUGCGACCAGCAGGUUCCUGUUGCAUGCAAGUCCUGCCCAUGUGGAUAUAUAUUUAUCAGUCGGAAGCUCCUGAAUGCAAAACGUUCUGAAAAGCUGCCUUCGUCUGCAGAAAGCAGAAGUGACGCUAAGAGAAGACGCACCGAGAGGGUCAAACGAGAGAAGAUAAAUCCAGCGGUAAAUAAAGACUUAGAAAACAGGAAAAGAUCCAGAUCACACAGUCAGUCAGAUCACAGCAGAAGAGGAAGAGGACGGCCUAAGGCAGCUUCAUCUAAAAAGCAUGAUGAAGAGAAAGAGAAACAAGAAAAAGAAGUGGACAUGUACGCAAACCUCUCUGACGAAAAAGCAUUUGUAUUUUCGGUGGCCUUGGCAGAAAUAAACCGAAAAAUUAUCAACCAGAGACUUAUCCUUUGACGAUGGGGUCCGUGACCUUUGCAUGCCAUGCUGUUGAAGCCCAGGUAGUGGAUUCCAGAUCUUCUGCAGCCUCUCAGGUGGUGGAGGCUGUUAACCUGGGUCAGUCAAGGGUCAUUCGCUUUUUUUUCCUGGCUGAACCUCUGCUUCUCGUGAUCGCUUUCGAAGCCGACCAAUUGUCAAGAAUGAAAAGGACCAACUCUUUGCUUUUGUGGAAGGGGCAGGCAGGGAUGUCCGAAGCAGCACCCCUUCCCUCGGCAGAGACAGCUGGAAGGACCUUUUUGCAGUGUCUUUAAUUUAAAAUGUCCUUCACUGCAGAUUUUUUUUUCAGUUAACGUUGAACUUCCUUUGUAUAUAGAUAGUCAAGCUUAACCUGUACAUAAAUUGAUAUGCUGGCAUUUUCCUGAAAUCCACAGAUUGCGAAAUCAAUUGGUGGGUUAAGCUGAAAUUAUUAUUAUAUAAUACGUUAUUGGUUUAAGCGUCGUUUCUGCGUCGGUCUAAACUUUGACCAAAUGGACGGGUGAGACUGUAACCAUAGAAACACGUGGGAAUAAAAUGCGUCGAGCUCAUUGGGAUGGGAGGAAGCUGGCAUGUAUUCCUGCCGGUAGGCUUUUAUAAAAAGCUUAUUUUAUACACAGCCUUUGGUGUCUGGGGUUUUAAAAUCCAGGCUUAUUUUGGCAGGCACCGGCUCAAAUGAAAGCUGGUCUAUGAUUUCAUAUGGAAAUUGUCUUCUAAAUUUGAUUUGCAUUAGCCGUGUUGAGAACGCCUCCGUGUCAAUUAAAAGAAUUUGAAUUAAGACA